GACAAAAUGUUAAAAAGAUUAUACAAUAAAAAUUCCUUUUUACUAAUAAAAAGUUCUUUGGCUUCAAUACUAAUGCUUUUUAUAUUAGCUUUAUUCUUUUAUUUUAUUGUUUUUAAUUCGGAUCAAUCUAUUUCGUCAACAAUACGUUUAAAUAAGUUCUCUGACAACAAAAAUAUGAGAGGAGAAGUAAACAAACCCAAAAUUGCAAUUAUAACUGUACUUGACAAAUCUGAUCUUUUAAAUGAAUUUGGUUUGGCAUUAAGUACAGUUCGUUGUUAUGCUCAACGCUCUCAAGAAUGUUCUCAUUUUGUUUUAAUUACACCUAAUAUACCAAAAAAUAAUGUAAAUAAUUCUUUAAAUGAAAACAAAUGCAGACAAAAUGACGUGAGGAUUUACUAA